AACAUUCCAAACGUCAAAAUUGUCAAAUGAAAAGUGUAUUUCGAGUUUAUAAUUUGCAUUUUUCAGCAAUUUCAUGAAAAAACAACAAUAAUUCUAUUUACUCACUGCAGAAAAAUCUUCUGGUGUUUCUUGUCGGACAUCUCCAAUACUAAAAUAAGCACAAUGGAAGACGAUGAUGAUGUCCCUGCACUCUCGGCGGAAACCUUCGCCGCCCUCCAGGAGUUCUACACGGAGCAGCAGAAGAGACAAGAGAUCUUCACCAAGCUCGAGGCUGAUGACCAGCUGAAGGAAAAUGUCCUGUUUGAUGAGAAUUGGCAACUAAGUCAGUUCUGGUAUGACGAGGCGACGGUGCAGUCACUAGUGUCAGUCAUAGACAAGACGGUCCCGGACAGAGGCCGGGUGGCGCUCAUUUCAUGUCCCACUCUGUUUGUGCCUGUCAAGAGACAGGUUGGCGACCGGGCUACUGUAACGCUACUAGAAUACGACAGAAGGUUCGAGGUGCACGCACCAAACUUUGUCUUCUACGACUAUAACCACCCCGACAAGCUGCCCGGAGACCUGCCACAGAGCUGCGACCUGGUGGUGGCCGACCCGCCCUUCCUCUCUGAAGAAUGCAUCACAAAAACGUCACAGACAAUAAAACUGAUGGCCAAAGACAAGAUAGUUGUGUGCACGGGAGCGAUCAUGAGGGAAAAGGUCGAAGGACUGUUGGAUUUGAAACUGUGUGAGUUUCAACCGCAUCAUAGGAAUAAUUUGGCUAAUGAAUUUAGUUGCUACGCUAACUUUGAUUUGGAUGGAGUGUUGAGGUGAUGAUGACGACUUUGUUGAUAAGAAUUUACUUGCAAAAUAAAGUAUAAUAAUAAGCAUUUAAUAAUUUAUCGAUUGAGGAGUUUGGGCUGAUUGGCAGUUUUGCGUUUUGUGAACUGUAUAAAAUAGGUUGUUUAUUUUGUACAAUGUAUAAGAAUAAGUUUAUGUAUGAAAUACGAUAAGGAGGUAUGUAAAUAAAACAUUAAUUUUGUAAAA